CACUGACUUAGUUAGCGUUACUAACGGCAUUGAGCAAUAUGUUUUAAUAGCCAUGACAAGUACACGGGCACAACGGAGUACACAGUUACAGAAAUAAGAUGCUUUUACCCAGUACUAAGCCUGCAUCGACUAUGGAGUCAUCCAGUGAAUCUGAAAUGUACAGCAGGUCGAGAGAUCAUCGCUCUCGAAGGCGAGACGCACUAAGACAUAAAAAAAGUCGAGAUUUAGCCACGGACAGCGUAGGCAUAGCAGAGAAAAUCGACACACUGGCAGACACGUUACAGGAUGCAAGCAGGAACUUGAAUAAAGUGGAUCAGAUGCUGGGCCAGUACAGAGAGCAUACAGAUGACCACUCUGAUGCCAUAGCAACACUACAGGACAGCUUAGAGGAGUCUAUUCACCAGCUUCAGAGCCAGCGUCUCAAGCGGUCCACAAGCGGAUGUAGUGCCUCAUUCUCUACAUUGCACAGUAGCCUGGAAGAUGGCAACAAUUUUGGUGGGCGGCACCACAAUCCCACAUCUCCUUUGACAGAUUAUAGGAGUCUGGAAAUGAGCAACAGGAGAUCUGCUACAGUGCGCUUCAGAGACCCUUGUCAGACAGAGGAACAGGUCCACUCACUGCAUCAGGCCCUGAGAGACCUGCGCAGUGACCAGCUCCAGUUGGGGCAUGAGAUAGAUCAAGAGAUCCUUAAGAGGAACAGGUCAGAUAUUCAGACCAGAAAAACAUUAGUAGACCUUACAAAGCAAAUACAGGAAUCUCCGGUGGAGGAAGCGGUGUCCUUGCGAGUGGAGAAACGACUGCAGAAGAUUGAGAGUGAGAUUCUAUCUCAGCAACAGAUGGUCUCAGAGAGGCAUUGCAAACAGCAGCGAGGCAACAUGUCUACUGAAUUACAGACGGCUUUGAAAAGGUGUGAUGCCCAGAAUCACUCAAGUGAAGACAGCUACAGAAAUAGAUUUUUGAGAUCUGAGAGUGAGAUUUGCAAGUUGGAGCAGGACUUGGAGGGUGUAAGGAAACAAUUGGUCCGCUCUGAGAGUGGACAAGGUGCACUUUUUCAACAGAUAGAGGACAUGCAAGCACAACUUUUAAGGUCUGAGAGAGAGCGUGCACAGCUGCAAAGGGAGAUCUCAGUGCUCCGCUUCCAGCACAGGAGUGUAUUAGAGCUGCAGGAAAGGGCUGCAGAGGAGGGCCUAAGGCAAGGAGGAAAAGUGCUGGAAAGGGAACUUGAGGAUCUGAGAGUGCAGUUGCGCCAAAAUAGUAGCCUAAACGAGACACAGGAGCUCAAGAGGAAUGUGGAGCGCAAAGAGAAUGAGAAAAAACAGCUGGCCUUGCAAAUUGAGGUGCUGUCCUCAGAUCUGGAGCGGAGGGACCAUCAGCAACUUCAGAUUUUAAAGGAGGUCCAGGCACUCUCUGAGGACAGGGGAGCUGAACUGGCAAAGGUGGAAGCUCAGCUUGCUGAAAAUGAAAAGAAGAAAGAAGAGCUGCGAACCAAAGCACAAGAGGCCAUCAGGCAGUGGAAGGCCAAAUGCAGGAAGCUGGAAUGUCAGCUACAGGAACUGAAAGAAAGACAAAGCAUGAACCAACCUACACAGGCGUUAGCGGAGAGGGAGAGCAUUUUGAGGCAGCAAAUAGAAGGCACACGUAAGCAACUUGCUGAGGUUCUUGGCCAUCUAGCUCAACGUGAGGAGGAAGUUCGGCAAUGCAAUGUCGAUCUUGCUGAAGCGCGCUCACAGCUUGUAAUUCUGAAGGAAGAGCUGGGAGACAGUAGAGAGUCUUUGCGAAGCUUGGAAGAUGAAACCCAGAGACAGAGCUUGAUUCAAACCCGUCUGAGGGAAGAGAACCAGAAACUGGAGAAGCGAUUAGAGGACCUGGGAAACCGGAGGGAGCAGGAGCACGGCAGUCUUAUAGAACUUCAGGCUUUGGUGAAGAGCUUAAGUGCUGAGCGUGCAAAUCUCAAUAGCAGGUUGACUGAGGCAGAGAGUUUCAGGAAGGAGCAGGAAAAUAGGCUUGUAUUGGUUCAGGAGGAGAAGGCCUCAUUGAGCCAGCAACUGCAGCUGGAGAGGGAGGUGCAUCAGAGAGAACUGGGCCACUUGAGACAACAAGAGGACAAAAUCAAACAAAACCAUAGUUUGCACAAGACGCUGAGACUGUAUCAUCAAGAAAGAGAAGAGCUAAAGGCACUCAUCAAAGACCUGAAGACAGAGGCAGUGGUGGAUAAGGAGCUGGUGAGGGUGCUACAGCAAAAGCUGGACAGGAUGAAAGCGGAGUGUGAUAUUCUGACAGAACAGCUGAGCAGCAGUGCGGAAAGUCAUGCUAAACUUCACAAGAUGUGUCAGAUGUUGAAAGAGGAGCUGGAGGUGAAGAUACAGUUUUCAGAGCAAAUGGAGGAGAGAAGACAUGCAGCUGAGGACUCCAUGGCAGAGAUGCAAAAGAAGAUAGCAAACCUCAAGUUGGAGCAGACAUCCAUCCUGCACGCAGUGGAGUCUGAAAUUGACUUGGCCUGCAAAGCUGUGUGUAAAGACUCAGCUGCCAAACUGAAAGCUGUAAUGCUCACUAGUGGCCAACAGAAUGAUUGCCAUCAUUGGCUCGCUGAAAUGAAGACUAAGCUGCAGUGGCUGUGUGAUGAGGUGUGUGUGCAUGAAACCCAGGAGAAGAAACUGACCAGGGUGGUGCAACAGUGUAAAGAGCAGAUGAAGACACUGAAGCAGAGCAGGGAUUCUGAACAGCAGAACUUGCUAGAUCGUAUUACUGAGCUGGAGAGACUGCUACAGGGCAUUGUCUCAGAGAAGCAAGAUCUUCUUGAGAAGAGUCGCAGGAAGGAUGAUGAGAUGAGAAGUCUUCAGGAUCGAGUUCUGGAUCUCGAAAUGAGUACCAGACUUGCCUUGGAUCAUUUGGAGUCUGUCCCUGAAAAGCUAAGCCUGCUGGAAGAUUUUAAAGACCUUGAGGAGUCACAGAGACAGAGAGAAGCAGUGGAACAGCGCUAUGCCAAAUAUAAAGAGAUUGUUGGGGCGCUGCAACACCAGCUAGAAGAGUCCAAGAGGAGAAUACAAGAAUACAGGGAUGAGAAACUUGAUGCUACAUCAUGGAGCCUGCAUCUUGAUGGUCUGUCUUUGUCUCUGCGUAGUCAGAACAAGUCCUUGACCGGUAAUGCCUCCACACAGAUGCCUUGACAGCCUAGACAGUCUAGAGUGUGCUGCAGCUGUAUCCAUGAACACUGUUCUCCAAACAACGGUGCAAACCCUGAUCAGAUAAACUGCACCAUGGGCAGUCAUAGUCCAUUGCCUGAAUGUUAGAAACCGCACAUAAGCCAUAAGUAUGUUUCUUCACUUGGAGGUUUUAAAAUAUGAUUGCAGUCAUCACAGUUUAAAAUGUGGUCAUUUUUAAAACUCUUUUCUAGCCAAGUUAUGAAAUUUUGAAAAAAAACUUUUCCCUAUACAUAUAUUUACUAUACAUAUAUUUAAUAAUCUUUUUAAGGU